AUAAAUACAGUGCCAUUUUCCUACACCAAGCAAUGCAAGCUCUCAUCUCCAUCUCCGUGCUACUCCCUUAAAGAAAUACAAGAUCGUUUAGAUCAGUACUUACUUCCGUACGCACGUCCGCGGUGUGAAGAAGCUCUAGCCUCUAGCUAGCUAACUAAAGAUGGCUGCCAUGCCGACGAUGGUGUUCGAGGCGGGGCCAAUGGAGGUGGAUGUGAAGCACGUGGACAAGAGCAUGAUCCCGAACCUGGCCAAGCCGUUGAUGGUGGUGGCGCCCAAGGAGGCCGGCGCGUACCCCGUCAUCGUCUUCCUGCACGGCUGGAACAUGCUCAACAGCUGGUACGAGCAGCUCCUCACACACGUCGCCUCCCAUGGUUUCAUCGCCGUCGCACCACAGCUCUACUGGAUGGUGGUGUCCGAGCCCGAUGCGGACGACAUAGACGCCACAAAACGAAUCACCAACUGGCUUGCAGAUCAUGACAAGGGGCUCGCCUACGUCCUCAAGGACGUGUUCAAACUUGAGCAUGUCGAGCCUGACCUGACCAAGCUGGCUAUAGCCGGCCACAGCCGAGGCGGCCAGACGGCCUUCGCCGUCGCCCUCGGACUAGGGGACGCCAAGACCAAGCUGGAGCUCAAGUUCUCCGCCCUCAUCGGCGUCGACCCUGUGGCCGGGGUUUCGAGAGCCCAGCAGUUGGAGCCCAAGGUGCUCACUUUUGAACCUGACUGCCUCGACGUGGGGAUGCCGGUGCUGGUCAUGGGGACCGGGCUGGGUCCCAAGCACAUCGGCGGAUUUCCCUGCGCCCCGGUGGGCGUGAACCACGCCGAAUUCUACAGGGAGUGCGCGCCGCCUCGCUACCACCUCGUGGUGAAGGACUACGGGCAUCUCGACAUGCUGGAUGACAAUGUGCCCUACAUUAUCAACAACUGCAUGUGCAUGAGGAACCAACACAACACCAAAGACCUUGCUAGGAGGACCAUGGGAGGAGCCAUGGUUGCCUUCCUCAGGGCUAAAUUGCGAAUCGAUGCUUGUGAACUGAUCGCCAUAUAUCGUAACCCUGAGCUCGCGCCGGCUGUCCUGGACCAAGUUGAUGAGUUUCUUCCUUGCUUGGUUGGACAGCCAGAUCCGUCGUCUGUGUGAGAGUUAUAUUACGUGCCUAUGCGUAUCUAUUACUCCUAAAUAAGGUGUGUUGGUGCAUGGCCAUGUCAUGGCUCAUGACUACUAUAGCACGUCCAGUCUUCCUAAUUACUAAAUAAUAAGCACUCAUGUCAUGUGUGCAUGUAUCUAUGUUGAAUAUAUAUGUGUUGUGUGCUACUUAUCAAUCCUUAAAUGAUGUUCAUGUACCCUCAAAACAAAAUGUAUUUAUUUUCUUGUGAAGUUUCCUA